AAAAGAAGACGACAAAAUCGUUUCGCCGCUAAAGAGUGGCCUUCGAAAUUAGCAGAGAGCGACAAGGGCUCCUACUACAAUCAAGAAAAAUGGCUAAAAGAUGACAAAGCUCCUGAAAAACCCAUUGAAACUACCGCGGAAUCGAGUUUCAUGAGUUCGUUAGCGAGCGGAGCGAACUUUUUAGGCCGCGAAGCAGCCAAGCGAGAGACGAAGUCACGAGAGGUCCCGCGCCAUAUAAAAAUCGGACGAAGUACUGUUUUGAAAGUCUAUUGUAGCGGGGAAGAAGUUUCAAGAAAAACUCCAGGCAGCGGUUUGUUGUCGAUUUUUCCAGGGAAGUGUCGAACUUUUAAAAAAUGUAUCAAGUAAAAGUCGGCUUGGCUCAACUUGGCUUGUCCGGUGAGAAAAUGAAAACUGCCCGUUGCAAAUAACUAAUGAAGCUUUCUCGACAACAGAAAGGAUCGAACAGAGCAGAGCUUUUGAAAUAAAUUGUUCAUCUGUUGUCGGGUUUCGUUUUCAACUUUUCCUGCUGUGUCACUAUUGUUGCCCCUUCUCUGGUAUGCAUCAACAUUGACAGCUUUGGUGUUAUAAUCUGUUAUAAUCUCGUCACGGGUAAUACGCCGCCAAAAAUCUUUUUCCACUGUUUUCUCGAAAUGAAAAUCAGGGUAAGUUGAGGGUACGUUUUAAACUCCAAGUCGGCAACGCGUGAACCAAUUUGGCUGAAAUUUGGCCAACUUACUAUCAGAUAGUUUUUCUAAAAAAACGUGUCUGCGAAUUUUGAUUUCUUUUUUCGUUUUUUCGUUGUUAGAGUAUUUUUUUCACAGGUAGUGCUAAUGAUUUGCUAUCCCUAACUUCACCUGCUUAUAACAACAAAACAAGCGCACUUGACGAAAAUCUGAGACACGGUUUUUUAGUCAAACGUGUUAAGAAGCGAAUGCGUUCUUAAUUGGCUUCUUCCGUUCAUUUUUGGCUGGACUGGACUUAAAUUUAUAGUGACACCCACUUUCACAAAAAGCUUCUCAUUUCUAAAUCGCGGUUAAUAUUUUGAUUCUUUGAAAGAAAUAAGCAAUAAUCUGGAACUAGUAAGCUUUAAGAAAAUGUAUGGUUUAUGGGGGUAUUUGUUAAAAGCAAAAGCGCUAGGGCCGAUCAACGCGAGGAAGGUGCUUGAGGGUGGAUAAUACCUUAACCUUUCCCUCAAAAGUCACAUAUGUGCCCUUAAGUUAACUGGAUUACAAGUUUAUUGUUUGAUUAAAUUAUAGCGGGGCUCCCACGCGCGCGAAGCGUGCGUGGGACAGAGCCCCAUACUCAUACAAUAUGGUCAACCUCUUUUCGUUUGGUUGUCACGUGAUUGAUCGAGCGUACGUACGUACGUACGCGUCUACAGAUUGUAAGGGUGGGGUAGGGGAGACUAUCAAAAGGGAAGGAGGGGUGUCUCAGGCGUGUCUUGGCAACUCCACAUCUUGUAUAUUGGACAUUCACAAAAUGGUCAAUUGACAGCUGUCAAACCAGGAUAGCCACUGACCAGUAUCACACGGCCAUAUCGCGUGACCAUAAGCGAUACUGGCCUUACUUGAUACCUUUCAGGGCUGCAUCUCGAACGGUAAGCCUGAGUAAUUAUUUAUUUGAUGGUUGUUUUUUAUAUCUAAUUUAAUGAAGUCGAGCGUAGUUUAUGCGGCUAUUUAGUUUAUGCACGUUUGGAAGAUUUGAGACAAUGAUCUGACCGAGUAGCAGGUUUGAUCUAAGCUUACAGAACUUUAGGAAGCCUUUAGACAUUUUCUCACCGCAAAUAGAAAGAAAACGUUCCAAAGAAUAUUUAGUUGUAAUUCUGUCGGUAAAAGAAAGCUUUGAGCGAUUUUCUUGCCUCGAGUUCUUCUUUGAAAAAAAGCAAACACCAGGAAGCCGGCUUAAAACAUAAACUUAGCUUUAAGCUUGAAGACUCAGGAUUUUUAGAGACACUUUAAUACGUGUCUUCGUGAAUGAAAGUUGUCGUCUCUGUAUAUGUUUCACAAAAUUAUAUUUCUUUUAUUGAUUGUUCGAAGUCUAUCUUGCAAUUCGUUCAGUGAACAUCGCAUGCAGGAGUACUCAAAAUGCCGUGCGUUAAAUCAUUAAAUAAGAAUAAACAUAAUAAAUUCUUUAUUUAUGUUGGAACUUAACUCUAUUAAUGUUCAUUCAAACACUCGCCACAUCUCGCACUGCAAAAGUUAGAACCGGCUGGCUGUAUAGGUGAUUUUGGAAGUUUUUUUUAACGGUUUAGCUAAUAAAAGCCCACGCUUGCCUCGAUCGUCCUGAAUAUUGAAUUAGUGCAAUUUGUAUUGUAAAAUUUUGAAAUACUGCGUUCUGUCCGAGGACUGUGUGAUAAAAACAGUACCUCGUAGUACUGUUUCACCUCACAUGUGAUGUAUAAAUGGUAUAAAAGGUUUGUUUACACGCACCCAGAGUUGUUGGCAAGAUUUUGUGAAGUAAACUUGUCGAGCGCAAAAAAGUUCGGCCUGAUAUUUUUUCCAGGCCUAAUUAAUCUACGGUGAUCAAGAGCCAUUAUGGCUCUUAAAUGUGAUCGAAGAUGAUUGCCAGUUUUGUGGUGUACAUAUGAGGCUAUCAACUCGAUGUAAGAUUUGGUUCACUCUUGGGCUGUUUGCAAAUUAUUUUUCUCCAAAAUUACUUAGCCUUUCCCUCAAAAGUUACAUGAAUGUGCUCUACAGUUAACUGAAUUGUGGAGUACAAGUUAAUUGUUUGAUUUAAAUUAUAAAUUUAUUAAUGGGAGCCUCGCUUUUAGCCCUGGCUAAAUCUAUAUAUUAAUUUUAUUAAUGGGAGAUUCGCUUUUAGCCCUGGCUAAAUCUAUAUAUUAUUUGUGCUCUGAACAUUGAACGGUUUUUUGAGAGAGGUUUUCUCAUUGAGUUAGCUUCUUUUUCUUUUCGAUAUUUGAUGACAGGUAUAGAAGGUAGACCAUUCUUCAUGGUCCGCGGGCGGGAGUGUGCGCUAUGAAGUAAGGGUUUAGGAGCUCGCUAGGCCUUCUGGGAGAGAUCGGAAAAACGUGUUGUGUUCUUGUUGGCAAACUUUAUGAGUACGAACAUAUGAGUCUACGGAAUCUGCAAAAUGCUGUGUAAUCUUAGUGAAACUGGAGUGUUGUAACCUAAGAAACGAGUCUCAGACCUGGAAUAAAUACAGUUCAGUUCAAAUUCGUCUACAUUUUGGCUUGAUUCGAAAUUUUGGAUGUUUUCCUCAAAAGUGGUUUCUUGUAUCAUAAGACAGAGCGCCUCUCCGUUAGUUAACCUUCUUUAUUUUUGUCCAAGCUUGCAAGCGGAUGGAAUCCUCCAAAUCCUGCAAUCUGAUUUGUUCCGAGAGCGGGCGGUAUUUUACGAUCUUGCCCACUAACCCGGGCGGAAUCGUUGGCAGCUUCAUUCAAAAGUUUGUUUGUUGUUUGUGAAUGAGCAAAAACCGUCAUUAAUUUUCAAACCAUUUUUUAAAAUUUGCGCUAUUAUUAGCAUUAGCUAGGGAAAAGUGAAUUUUAUUAUUCAGACAAAAAUUCUGAAGGUAGAAUCAAGCAAGUCAGCCAAGAAAACCGUUAAAGUAAAGCAAAACCGGUGGCUCGUGUUAUCGCUUUACUAGCUUUAUAACUGCGCUGUAAGUACUGCAAUAUUGCUUUUAUUCAUCUUUUAUUGGACAUUUUUGCUCUGUUUGUAGUUUUGUUUAUAAAUCUAGAUUCUGCCGUUUUUCAUUGAGUUUUGCCUGGCUAGUUUUCUACUUAUCAAAAAAGGUUGUUGCCGGUGAUUGUAUUUAGCUUUUAAUCUUAAAUAAACAACAUGAAUCGGUUUUCCAGCAGUCGGUUAUCGAAAUCGAUCGCUCACUUCAUCAACACGAACGCGUCCUACUUCAACACACAUAGGUUCGAGAGUGAAGGAAAAUUUUCCAGAAACUUUUAAAUCUCAGUAGGGAAAAAAUAAAAAUGUUAUUCACCGGCCUAGGUCGGUCCGUAUUAGUUGAAAUUGUGCCCUCGGUCUGAGUACCGGUACUCAAGACCUCGGUCACAGUUUCUCCCAAUACGGACCUCCCAGCCAAUAAAUAACGUAUAUUUAUGUCUGGGGGUAGCGUUUGCAUGUCCAGGAUAGAUUCGUUACUAUCACCUUUGUACACUAUUGGGUCCAAAAAAGUGACCUCUGAUUCAGACAUCUCAGUGGUAAGUGUAGAGUUAUUAAAAAAAUAUAUUGAUUUAAAAGUAUAGUAAUGCGUAAGUUUAAGAAAUAGAUUCCAUGUUGCCGUGCGUCUGUUCAGUAAAAGAUCACAGAUGACGUCAAAUGUGGUAAAAACAAUGAAGUCGCUGAUGCUUUUACCACAUUUUGACGUCCUCUGUGAUCUAUUAAUGAACAGACGCACGGCAGCAUGGAAUCUAUUUGUUUUAUACAAUGAUCAGAAAGGGAAAAAGACCGAUACACAUACCUGCCUCGUACCGCAUGACUGUUUGAGGAUUAAUGCUAGUUUAGGCAUUUUUUUAAGUCCCAAACGCUACUUUUUCGUCCCUCGUCGUAGAGUAACUGCAAUUAAUUAGUCUCUUUGUUUUCUUUCUUAGUUCCUUAAACUUCAUGAACAAGUCCUGAGAGGCACUCUCUUUUUCUUUCUAACUAAUUUCAUAACUUCUUUGUUAAUCCGAGGAGGUCUGGAACGUCCUUUGAGUGUUAUCUGUGGUAUAUGUUGAUCAACAACACAGAGCACAAUAUCUUGAAACUUAACCAGACUUGUAUUAAUUCAGGCAUCAAAGAUUACCAGAUCCCAUGGUAUAGAGAGUAAUGAUUCUUGCAGACUCUGAAAAUCAGCCUUUUUAUAACAAUAGACUUUCCACCUAACAUUAUCUGGCCUUCUCAUCUUAGCAUGUAACUUGAAGGUAAGGGGAUGAUGGUCAUAAUCAAAUGCAUUUGGUCUUCACUACUACCUCUUCAAAGAGGAGGUCAUUAUUAGUACGAACGAGAUCCAAAGUGUUUCCAAGAGAACCAGGAUUCCUUGAAUCACGAGAUACAUGCAUUUUCUUCUGAAUCAGAAAGUAAUCAUCUGACAAUAAUCAAAAGAAUCUGUAAGCAUCCGAGUAUGCAAGUCAGAAACCUUGUUCCGUAUACUUCUAGCAUUCAAAACCAAAACAUAUGGGAAAUUAUUAUGUAUAUCAGCAAUAACCCUGUCUGAUGAAAGUGAAGCCUGAAGAUUGGAAUCUAAAGCAUGUUCAGUCGGUUCCUCAAAAAACGAAUCUGAAAAGUUAAAAGGAAAGGAGCAGUUCGUACAAUACCGAGAGUCAUCAGAGGAACUUAGCAUCAUGUACGUUCUGUUGUCCAAGCCGAUGCACUUGGCAUGAUGCCAGUUAGAGCAGCCGUCACGGAGAAUUCCCUUUUGGUUUGAAGCAAAUCGCACAUGGGUGUUUCGACGUGGGAGGCUUUCUUCCAGCGUAGACUCCCGCUCUAUUAGAGGUAUUACCAUGACCUGGAUUGGGAAUAGCUCCUGUUAACUUUUUUCGGGCUUUCACUUGCUAUUAUCCGAAAUAAUCUCACAAAGAACUUCAAAACCGCGUGCCGUGUUGAACAAAACAAACAAAACAAGUUUCCCGUGACGUCAUUCAUGUAUCUGUACUCUAAUAGAUCAUGGGCAACGACCAAUCAUAGCGCGCGUAGCAUUCACGUCAUUGUAUAAAUUGGAAUAGAUGAAGACAAAUGUGCCAAUUUCUCCUCUUCCACAAACCUCUUUUUUUCAUCUAGAUUUAUGUUCCACAGAGAGAACACAUGACUCGCAGGUCUGCUUCACAUGGCUCGCUGGCUCGCAUUUUGUAUACACUCGACAAUGUUUCUUGGGCUAGGUGAUACUCGCUCGUUACGUCGUCGUUAGUCAGAUGUUGAACAGACUCAGUAACAAGUUACGUUCACACUCAUCUUUCACCCAUCUUUCCACCACAAAGAAUCUACAGUAGCUUGUCUCUCCAAGGUCCUCGCCGCUUGGGACGUUUCGCAGGAGAUACGUCUGCACCUCAGCGACAAGAAUUCCAUACUGCUGAAGUAAAAUCUGGUCAGGAGCGCCGAUUUGUCGACCUAGUAAUUAUAUUGUCUUAGCCUUUGCUUGCAAAUUACAGAAAAAAGAUAUAAAUCAAAAAAGAACUUCAUGCGUGCGUGGCUCCCUUGAAAACUGGGCGAGAAGGAGUGAUUUUCAUGUGAAGUCAGUAUUUAUCAUCAACAGUUUUUACGUAGUCACAUUGACAUUAUUUGACUUGUCUCGAAAUACCUGUUAGUUAAGGGUAUUUCAACUUUGCAAAGCGUUAUAAAUGUUGUGAAUAACAAAUCAGUUGCGCCUGUCUCGCCAAAGUCCCUUUACAGUAUGAUUAGUCAUGUAUGCAACAAGUUCUUUUUUGAGCCGCCUGUGCCACUAACUGAAAAGUAGUCUUUCUCGUAUAUUUACCAGGCGUUAAAUUCAUUAUCGCAUUUCUGUCAUUGUAGACGUAGCAGUAUGCGGGAUGUUUGUCACGUGAACCUAGUUUGGUGGCCUUAGCUUACCUCCCACAAGUAGCUCAGCGGUAGUGCAUCUGGACUAGCAACCAGGAGAUCAUAGGUUCGACUCCUAUUGGGAGUACUCGGAUUUUCUUGUUCUGAGCCGCCUGUGUCACUGACAGAAAGUAAUAUCUUUUUUAAGAUACUUCAACUCCCACAGGAAAUCGGGUUGGUCAUCUGGCCAAUGGUUACCACACUCAUAGCUGAGUGACGAUAAGCUGUAAAGACAAUAAGCUUAAAUAAGCUUAAGCUUGUUUUAAAGAAGGUCUAUACCAAGACUGGAGCUCCGAGACGACUCCGAAAGCUGGUGCCUGCUGACCACUCUCGUCUGCUGUGCAAGGCUUAUAUACUUCCACACCUGGAAUAUUGUAGUCCACUAUUAUUAGGGAUUAAAAAAACUCUGAACAACACACCUGAAUCUGCGAACUAAUAUGCCUUAAAAACCCUCUUAAAUUUCUGCUGUAAACAUGCAAUCAGUGGAACAUAGACGGUUCUAUCAAUCUCUUAUCCUCCUUUUUAAAUGUAUAAAAGGAAGUGGGCCUGUUUAUAUUUUCAAUUUAUUCGAUCCUCGUCAAUGGUAUUAUAAUUUAAGGAAUAUUAAACACAAAUUCAUUCCACAAUGCUAUAAUAAUCGAUAUUAUCCCAAUUCUUUUACUUACAAGACUUCGCAUUUGUGAAAUCAGCUACCUACUUAUCUACCUUCUUCUGAGCUGAGUGACUUUCACAAGAAUUUGAGAUCAAUUAACUUAUAAACUUAAAGGUCAGUUGCAAAUGUAACAAGAAGGCGCUCUUGAAGCGUACACCUCGGUAUCGUGGAAAGAAGGUCCUGGAUUCUUUUCGAUAUCAUAACAAAGCUUCAAUUUGUUACAAAUGACCUUGUGGUUUAAAAUUAUACAGUCACUUAUUGGAAAAUUACGUGUACACAGGCGUAAAUACUUCCUUAAAAUCUUAUUCUAUAUUUCACUGCAAUUCUCUUCUUUCGUACUUGACAACAAAUACACCUUUCCUCGUUUAGCAACCUUUUUGUUACUCCCCCUUUGAAACAAAGCCACAUUCUUUCCUUUAUACCUCUUUAGACGAGAAUUUGCAUAUUUUAUAUAACAAUAAACUUUAGACGACACUGGGGUAUUUUGCCGGAUACCCUUCCAUACAAUACCCUUACUUCUCUCUUUUUAUGUAAUAGACGUCUUAACUUCUUGACCGGAAGUCUGCUUGGUGCAUGUCCGCGUCGCUGUAAGCAAAUUCGAUCAUCAUUUCCGUCAUAAAUAAAUUGCGCAUAACAAUAUCGCAGUUCAACUUCCUUUAUUUCCUCUACAACAACGUUAUGUAUAGUUAACUCCACAUGUUCUCCAGCAACGUAACUAACAUAAGAAUACUCCUUUACAAAACUUGCUGAUAAUGCACAAUCUCCACACUGAGGAUAAGUCAUGUACAACACCGCAACAUAAAUUAUUACAUGAAAAACAUUAACACGCAAUACAAAAACAAGCAUGAAAACACCUACUUUUCCAAACAAAACCAAAAAAAUAGCAAGGAUAAUGAUUCCUAUCACAACCUUUGGCGAAACGACGAUAACUGCGCUCUUCUUCCUCUUGUUGACAAUCUAUCGGUUGGUCACAACACAAAUGACUGCACCGCUUUCUCUUUCGAAUUACUCUUGCUGCAGUCUUCGUCAAUUGUCCAAAUCUCUUCAGUCUUAAACGUUAUACACAUUCCUUUUGCAAAACGUUUCUCCAUGUAACUUGUGUAAUCUUCACUUUGUACAAACUGACGUCGUCUAUUUAAGCAUAAUGUCUUUGACUGUCUCAAUAGUUUCCUUUUAUUAACCUUAAGUUCGCGGACCAGCCCAUUCUGAAAACGCCUUAUUUUCUUUUUUUCAGGGGCCUACCGCGAACAGUGUGUGUAUUUGUAUGUGAAGGCGCCAAAUAACACAUCAUGCGUAUUUCAACAAAAUAUUCCCUCCUUCCUCUUCUUAAAUAGUCGCCAAUUUCAUCCCAACUUUCCAAAUCACUGGGAUAAAAAACAGCCAACUCUUCCCUAAUUGGCUUGUCGAUUUCGGCCUUGCAGUCCAAAAAAUAAAAUCACAGAACGAGCAAAUUCAGAUAACCUCUCUGCCUAUCUUUGAUUGGUGGAUUUAAAUCCUCUGUUUAUCAUCUCUUCUCGCCACAGCUGCAAUAACAUAAACCAUUUGUGAGCUACACUCGUAAACACAAACUGAACGCUUUUCCUUUUUAAUAAGAACUGGCAUUUGCAAAUUUGUAUUGGUAAAUGUAUUUACUCCUAAUGUAUGGAUUUAACCAGGGCUAAAAGUGAAGCUCUGGUUAAUAAUCAGGGGCACCCAACGUCACUUUUCGGAAAAUAUCUGUUGGGAAGACAAUUUAAGAUCUAGAAUUUUCGGAACAUUUGUUGUAAAAUUUCUUGCUUGUCUGCCUCUCCUAGGAUUUUCGAAUACCUAAAAUAUGGUAAAAUUGCCCAUUUUUAACGGAUUUUACCCCAAAAAGGUCACCUAAAAUUUUCGACAAGGUAAAUUUUGAUCCCUAUAAUUUUCGGAUCACUAGACUUUCAGCUAGGAAAUCCGAACAGACGAAAAAUUUUAGGGGAUAAAAAUAUGCGUAUAUCUACCUUUUAAGUAAUAUAUAGAUUUAGCCAGGGCUAAAAGCGAACCUUCCAUUAUUAAGUUUAUUAUUUAAAUCAAACAAUAAAACUUGUAUUCCAAAAUUCAGAUAACUUUACAGCACAUUCAUGUGACUUUUGAAGGAAAGGCUAAGUGAUUUUAGAGAAAAAUAAUUUGCAAAGAACCCAAGAGUAAACCAAAUCUUAAAUCAAGUUUACAGCCUCCUAUGUACACCUAAAAAAUAGCAACCAUCUUCGAUCACAUUUAAGAGCCAUAAUGGGCAGGCUCUUGAUCACCGUAGAUUGAUUAGGCCUGGAAAAACAGGCCGAAUUUCUUGCGUUCGACAAGUUUACUUUACAAAAUCUUGCCAACAAAUCUGGGUGCAUUUUACCAUUUGUAUAUCACAUCUGAGGUGAAACAGUACUAUGAGGCACUGUUUUUAUCAUACAGACCUAGGACAGAAUGCAAUAUUUCACAAUUUUGCAAUACAAAUUACACUCAUUCAAUAUUCAGGACGAUCGAAGCACACCUGGGCUUUUAGCUAAACCGUUAAAAUAAUUUCCAAAAUAACCUAUACAGCCAACCGGUUCUCACUUUUGCAGUUCAUGAGCUGUUGUCGACUGUUUGAAUAAACAUUAAUAGAGUUUCACUCCACCACAAUAAAGAAUUUAUUAUGUUUAUUUUUUUGUUUAUUUUAUUGACGUGUAAUCUUCAAAAGCGUUUGAUACUCGCAGCAGCUUGAGUACUCGUGCAGGCGAUGUUGACACUGAACGACUGAAGACAAACGGCACAGCUAUUAAAAUUACAAUAGAGACUACCAACAAUCAAUAAAAGAAAAUAAUUCGGUGAAACAUAUACAGAGACGACAAUUCUCAUUCACGAAGACAAGUAUUAAAGCAUAUCCAACAAGCGCGAGUGAAAUAAUUGUUUUAUUAAAAACGCCCACAAAAUCUCGUUGAAUCUCCCCGACUAGAACAAACCGGAAAAGACAAGGGACUUCCGCUAUUCACAUGUCACACGUCUAUCAAAACUGUCAACGCGCCAACGGACUCGCCUGGACUGCAUGAAUGAAAACUCAAAACAUUGUAGUGAUGAACAUUAGUUUUUUAAAAACUCAUCGGGAUUCUAGGAUUUUACACAGCAGAACAGCUAAAAAAAACCUGGCAGAUAAUGUGAAGGAAAAGAAUUUUUAAGUGACAGCCGUUGAAAUUACUGUGAAUUAAGAUUUUCGGUGCAGUUAUAAAAGUAAGAACAACGGAGGAAAACUAUUACCUCGGUCGCUUGUUAUGAAGUUAGUUGAAGCCAUAAGCUGGUUUUGCUGAACAAGAAAAGAACCUAUACUGGCGCCUCGAUUACUCUAGUGAAUGGCGACAAUGGCUGCAUAGCCUGUAUUUGUAGCUGGUUACUUGUGAUUUAUAUUCUUGAUGUCGGAUAAACAAGCCGCAGUUAUCUAUCGGCGAGUGACUCGAUCAGAGAAUGGCUUCGUGAUCAUGAAGAAACAACACUUGUCUUCUUUCACAGCUGGUCAAGGUACUUUAGUUCCAUGUGUUUUCAUGUGUUUUUCGACAAACUUUCAAACAAGCUCUUGUGGCUUUUUUGUUUGUUUUUGUCUUUUUUCUUUCGAUGAAAUUGCAUUUCUAGUAUUCUAAGAAAUGAAUUGAAACAAUUUGCUUCGGGCACCGUUCUAUCCUUCGCGAAAAAAAAUCUCAGCUAGCUUCCAAUUUUAAACUGACGCGUACACCGACCAUAUAUGGAGUGCAUGGUAUAAUAGCUCAUAUACCAUAACGGCUAAGCCAAUCAAAAUGCUAGAAUUGCAUUAUCCAAUGAUUCAGUUUUUAAUAAAACUAAAUAUUCUUUGAAACGUUUUCUUUCUAUUUGUGGUGAGAAAAUGUCUAAAGGCUUUUUAAAAUUCUGAAAGCUUGAUCAAACUUGAUACUCGGUCCGAUCAUUGUCUCAAAUCUUACAAACCUGCAUAAGCUAAAUAGCCGCAUAAACUACGCUCGACUUCAUUAAAUUAGAUAUAUAAAACAAACAUCAAAUACAAUCAUUACUCAGGUAUACCACUCGAGAUGCAGCUCCAUAAAGGUAUCAAGUAAGGCCAGUAUUGCUUUAGACUUUUCAAGCAAGGUAAAAAACGAAAACGAUGCCAUCCGAAAUCGGAUUUCAGACUUUGACAUGCGACGCAUCUCUCAACGAAAAAAAACAAUAAACAAACUAGCCAUGAAUAACAGAAUACUCUUGAUAGCAGCUGUAUUUCAUUUUUGUACAUCCAGUACAAAAAGGCAGUUAAAAACAUCACAAUUGACACAAAACUCUGUCAGUUUCAGCCGUCAAAGUAAGCAAGCUUCAAGAUGCUGCAUAAAUUUUCCGCAUGAACUCGCCUGUCAAAUUUUGACCAAUCAGAGCAUAAAAAUUAGACGUAGAGCGUGACCAACGCGUGACCUUGGCAAGAAAAGGUCUUCCCCGCCUGUAUUUCUAAAUAACUGACUGAAUUUUCCCGUCCAAGGUUAGCUUGUAAUCAAAAUCUUAAUAGUGCGGGGCCAUAGUGACAUAAACACAACAUAUUUCACAUAACUUUUUAAAAAAAUAAACUUGAGCCUGUGAUCAUUUGAAAACUAGUAACUUGUCAGCGGAUAACUUCAAAAAAGUACUGGACCUCGAUAGGUCGACACCUGAGCGCGCGAUACGGUCAAGUGAUACUGGUCAGCGGAUACCUUGUUUUGACAGCUGUCAAUUGAUCACAACAUUGAUGUGCAAUCAGUGGGCUCAGAAAGUACCUAGAAAGUGUGAGAGUAAACAUUGGUAUGCCUGUGGUGCGGACGGACGGACGGUUGGGCGGUCGGUCGGUGUACGGAAUUUUGGAAUACUUUUCGCCCCUUUCUGCAUUCAAAAAGGAACACAAAGCAAGCUAAUGAUAUAGUGUUAAAGAAAAAGAUGUUAUGAUUUAUGACAAAAUACAAAUCGUGCAGCUGUUUAAUAACUACUUUGUAAAUAUUGUGGAUAACGUGCCAGAAAUAACUGAGCAGCAGUACGAGCGCUAGGCUUCAGCGCACAUCCAAGCAUUAAGGCUAUUGUUGGGAACAAUUGUUCGAAGAACACACGACCGAGGUUAAGCUUUCAGUAUACAAACAACAGAAGAGUUUUUACAGGGUAUAAACACGCGAAAAUCUUGCGGCCAUGACGGAAUAUCUCCUCGACUUCUCAAAGAAUCGACAGGCGUAAUUUCAGGUCCAUUAUGUAAUAUAAUGAAUCACUCGACUGCACAAGGCCAUUAUACAUCACGCUGGAAAAUGGGCCAAGUCACUCCGUUGCUCAAAAAAGAUGACGAGUCUAAGAAGGAGAAUUACAGACCAGUGACUGUGCUGCAAGCACUAAAUAACACCUUCGCGAGGUUCUUAUCCUUUCAGAUGAGCGAAUUCUAUUGCAGCAUAUUGUCGGAUUUUUAGCGGAGCUCCCGCGCGAAGUGCGCGCAGCGGAGCACCAUGUGUAACAAAAUUUGGUAAACUAUCCAUCCGAGAAAAUUUGGUUAUGACGUAG